AUGAACGAACCACCAGGUGCCAGGGCUAGAGUGGCUUUGACUGGGCUGACUAUAGCUGAAAGUUUUCGAGAUUUAGAGGGGGGUCAAGACGUAUUAUUUUUUGUAGAUAAUAUUUUCCGGUUUACCCAGGCAGGUUCUGAAGUAUCAGCGCUGUUAGGAAGGAUUCCUUCAGCAGUUGGUUAUCAGCCAACCCUUGCAACUGAUAUGGGGGAGCUACAAGAACGUAUUACUUCCACUAAACAUGGCUCUAUUACCUCAGUGCAAGCUAUUUAUGUCCCAGCAGAUGACUUAACCGACCCUGCGCCUGCUUCUUCCUUCGCCCACUUAGAUGCAACUACGGUACUUAGUAGACAAAUUGCUGAACUUGGUAUUUAUCCCGCUGUAGACCCUCUUGAUAGUAGUUCGCAAAUGCUAGAUCCAGCAAUUGUUGGUGAGAAACAUUACUCCGUUGCUCGUAAUGUCCAGAAAAUUCUUCAAACAUAUAAAUCCCUGCAAGAUAUAAUUGCCAUUUUAGGAAUGGACGAGCUAUCAGAGUCAGAUAAAUUAAUUGUUACAAGAGCACGAAAGAUACAACGAUUUUUAUCUCAACCCUUUCAUGUAGCUGAAGUAUUUACCGGCUCUCCUGGAAAGUUUGUUAACCUCACUGAUACUAUCGAAGGGUUUGAAGGACUAGUAGAAGGUAAGUAUGAUCAUUUACCAGAAAGCUCUUUUUAUAUGGUUGGUAAUAUUAGCGAAGCUGUAGCAAAAGGUGAAAAGCUCCAAGACAAAAUUGUUAAGAGUAACUAA